GCGCACGGGCAAGUCUAUUCAGAGGUCAUGGUUCAACAUCAUGAUGGCGACUCGCAUCGCGAAGAGGGUUGCUGAAAGUUACGCUUUUGUAUCGAAUACAAGAGCGAUCGGACACAGGUUGAAAGGUCGUCUGGGAAGUCGCAGCUUCUGCAGUGCUGACAACAGCAGUGCGGGAAGCGUUCCCUUGACGCAGCCGCUACCAGGCGUGCCCCAGCCGGUCUACGCGGCACUUUCCAACCACUCCCAAGACUCACAGGUCACCACGCUGGACAAUGGGAUGCGAGUGGCCUCUCUGAACAAGUUUGGCCAGUUUUGCACAGUGGGAGUUUUGAUUGACUCUGGGUCACGAUAUGAAGCUACCUACACAAAAGGCAUAUCUCACUUCCUGGAAAAGCUGGCAUUUGGGUCCACAGAAUUGUACAAAAAUAGAGAUCACAUACUGCAGGAGCUGGAGAAGUAUGGCGGAAUUUGCGACUGCCAGUCAUCAAGAGACACCUUGAUCUAUGGGGUGUCGGCCGACACGCGAGGUCUGCCCGAGGUCGUCAAGAUCUUGUCGCAGGUUGUCCUUCAACCAAACCUGACCUUGGCCGAGAUAGACGAUGCGAGAGUUGCCAUCCAGUUUGAGCUGGAGGACGUUUCGUUCAGACCGGACGCUGAACCCACACUCAUGGAAAUGAUCCAUCAGGCAGCAUACAAGAACAAUACUCUAGGAUUGCCCAAGCUGUGUCCAGCGGACAACAUCGCCCGCAUGGACUACCGCACGCUGCAGAAAUACCUGCACAACUACCACAACCCAAAGCGCAUGGUGCUGGCCGGGGUGGGGAUGGACCACAACCGGCUGGUGGACUAUGCAAAUGAGUACUUUGUCGGCGGGGCCCCGACUUGGGAGAACGCAGAGGUUGUCAGCAAGGCUGUAGAGGUGGACCAGUCGGUCGCGCAAUACCUUGGUGGCGUGGAGAGGGAGGUUCGGGACAUGUCAAACAUCGCCCCAGGUACCCCUAUCCCCGAGCUGGCCCACAUGGUCAUCGCCCUGGAGUCCUGCGGCCACAAGGACCCGGACUUCAUCGCCUUCUCUGUGCUGAACAUGCUGAUGGGGGGCGGAGGUUCAUUCUCGGCAGGCGGGCCAGGCAAGGGCAUGUACACCCGGCUGUACCUAAACGUCCUGAACCGCUUCCACUGGAUGUACAGCGCGGUGGCCGUGCAUCACAGCUAUGAGGACAGCGGGAUCUUCUGCAUCCAUGCCAGUGCGAACCCGAGCAUGGUGAAGGAAUUAGUGGAGGUCAUCGUACGGGAGUUUGUGAACAUGGCCGGUCGCAUAGAAGAGACCGAGCUCAGCCGAGCCAAGAAGCAAUUGCAGUCCAUGCUCAUGAUGAACCUGGAGGCCAGACCAGUGGUCUUCGAGGACCUCGGCAGACAGGUGUUGGCGACUGGGGAGAGAAAGCACCCCCAGGAGUUCUGCCAAAUGAUCGAAAAAAUCACAGCGGAUGACAUCCAACGAGUAGCAAGCAGGAUGCUACGUUCCAAGCCGUCUGUGGCAGCCAUGGGCGACCUCUCUCGGCUACCAGACUACAAUGCCAUCCAGGAGGCAUUGGCUAGCAAGGACGGACGCCUGUCCCGCAAAAUUGCCUCCCUUUUUAGGAGGUAGUAUUCAUGUCAGGGAUUGAAGUUCAGAGGUCAGCAGUGCAUAACCAUAAGCUUAAGUUGAGACUGGAACGACCAGAAUUUUGACAAACAUUUGAAAUGUUUUAAAUGCUUGUUUUUUUGCUGUCCACUCAUUCAACAUGCCCAAAGCCAGAGUCAAAGAUUGAAGAAUGACCUAGAAAAGGUUUGAAAGGGAAUAUUUGGUUAAAAUUUUCAUGCCAGUCCUGUUAAUUAUUUGCGACCCUCAAGAACUACCAUGAUUCAAAAAUCAACAUAAGCCAUUUAAAAGGUUUUACAUCAUUUUGUGACACUGCAACAGUAUACAAGGUGUUUUUUUAAUCAAAUCAGAUGGGGUUGAUGCCAGUUGUGGAAAUUUUCUCUUGAGCAUAUUUUCUGCAUACUAAGAAGGAAUUGUGUUCAUAUAUUAAAGUGUGGUGCAUUUCACCAGUGGAGACUUUCCCUUGUUAAACACCACGUCUUCUUAUUUGGAAACAACUGGUUUCCUAUUUGGGAAAACUACAUCUUCACAUUUGGGAAUACCAGGUCUUCCCAUUUUGAAACACCAGGUCUUCUUGUAUAGAAACAAAUGGACAUGCAGAGAACAGUAAAUGUUCUUGCGGGAAUCGAGGCACCAUCAAAAUAUUCCGGUAGCGUCACAAAGAUUACGGCAGUGUUCUGGGUUUUUAAACUACAACAAAUUUUUUAGAAAGGAUGAAGAGAAUAGACCUAAUACUUAAUGACAUUUUGCUUUGUUUACAUGUGCGCUUGCACAUUGGAGCUCGAUUGAUUGCGCCAAUGUCACUUCCAUAGGAAAGGGCAUGUGUAAACAAAGCAUGACAUUAUUAUGUUAGAGGUCCGUUAUCAUUUCUGUGGAUUAACCCUAACACUCCUCAAUCCUUCACCUGUUGGAGGACUGAGGAGUGUUAGGGUUAAGAUUGCACUGGUUUUGUGGCUGUGAGGUGGACUUAACCAUGACCCCUUUCAAACUCAUUAAUACCUGCGCAAUAUCACAACAUGUCGUACUUAAAACAGUUACUUGUUAAUGAUGCAAAAGCAUAUUUUGUAUUACUGAUCUCAUUAAGACCCCAUGAUUCAACAUAGGUCGCUGUGCUGGUCAUGAUGAGUAUUUACCAUAGAGCUCUAUAAGAAAACCUAAAGUGCACACUCAGUAUUAUAUGCAUGCAGUACUUGUGUGCCGUCGUGGACACGCAGCCGCUGUCGCCACUGUGGUCGGGAUUAAGCUAAAAGUGCCGGGAAGUGAUAUAACCACGUGCUGCAUUUAAACUGGUUUUGCAGCGACCAGAAUGUGCUUCUAUGACGUCUAUCUGUAUGCGCACGCUUUGCAUGUGGAUUUAGCCGAUCACACACAUAAGUGGAAUAUACUGUUUGCUUUUUUUGUCAGACGUUAUAAUAGGAUUAUUAAUUACCACAAAAUGUUGUUUUGUUAUGAGCAAUAUGAACACAGCGUGCACCUGGCAUACUUGAAUUUUUCCACGGCGGCAAUGGCGGACGUUGCUUAAGGUCACGCGACGAGAACUCUGGUACUUACACAUAGGUAUCCCAAGUGGGGAUAUAUAGCCAACCCCCCCCCAAAUUGGAAAUAGAGGAAAAAGAAAUUAGGGAAAGAAAUGAAAACAAAGGAGAAAGGGCUGAACAUAUCAGAUUCAAAUGAACAAAAAUAUAAAAAUUAGCAAGAAGUGAAUCUAUUAGAUAGUGCAGAGUAUUCCCCUUGCUAACUAAUGCAAGUUCCUUUCUUGGUUGUAUGCAACAUUAUCUUUAAUGUGAUUAGGACAAGAAACGCACAGUUACAAUUUUUUUUCCACAGACAUUGUAAAUAUGUAAAACUUCUGCAAGGGGUCAUCAAUAAACGGAAGAGGUUCACUUUAGAAACCACUUGUUUUGCUUGUUUUUACUCCAGUACAUACAGUAUAAUAAAUGCCCAGGCCACAGUGCACUGGUGCUGUGAACUGUAUAGU